AUGUGUAUAAGAGACAGGGAUUAUGAUUCUUCUUCAUUUGAUGAAGAAGAAGUAGAAACAGAAAGUGAUGAUGAUGUUAUUGUAGGCGCUCAAGCCUACAUGUUCGAACCCGAGUUCGCCGAAGGAGAGGUCGAAGACUUGGUGGAUGAGGACGGCGAUGACAACGAUAGGCUAUUGAAUACGGAGUGGUGUACCUGUACAAACUGUGUACCAAUGCCAACAGCAAAGGAAUGCAUUUGUUGCAAUGAAGUCACAAAAAUCAACGAAAAAAUGGAGAAAGUUGAUAUGAAGGGUGAAUGCAUAACACACCAUCCUGGCUUCAGAGACAUUUGCCUGAACGAAUGGGUGUUACAGGUAGCAUACCUGGCCUACAGGCAGUAG